UCUUCAUGGUUGUCAAUUUGUCAUAUAAUUAUAAUCAUUUUGGAGUGAUAUUUACUUACAAUUUACAGCUUAUGAUAUUGCUAACUUAUUUUAGAAACAUUAUAUUAAAGAAAUACUUGCAAUGGAGCCUUUCGGUGUUAUGCACGAUUAUAUAAAAUCAAAUGAUAACCAUAAUAAAUUUGUUAAUAAAUCUGAAGUACCUGAAAUUUGUAAAUCUGAACCUUGCAUGCUUGGCGUCGACGAAGCCGGUCGUGGUCCAGUGUUAGGACCUAUGGUGUAUGGUAUUGCAUACUGUCCCAUUAGUCAAAAAGAUGUUUUGAAAACUUUAGAAUGUGCCGAUUCAAAAGCACUGACAGAAGAAAAACGAGAUGAAAUUCUAUUGAAAAUGCUUACGGAAAAAGAAUCAUUGGAUAAUGUCGGUUGGAUUGCAGAAGUUAUAUCCCCUAAUUAUAUAUCAAAUUCAAUGUACAGAAGAGCAAAGCAUUCCCUUAAUGAGGUUUCAAUGAACUCGGCAAUAAGUUUAAUUAAACAAGCCAUAGAGCUUGGAGCUAACAUUACAGAGGUUUAUGUUGACACAGUCGGUCCACCAGAGAAGUAUCAAACUAAGCUGAGUGAAAUUUUUCCUAAUUUAAAAAUUACUGUUGCAAAGAAAGCUGAUUCCAUCUAUCCGAUUGUGUCAGCGGCCAGUAUUGUUGCAAAGGUUACAAGAGACCAUGCUCUUAAAGUGUGGCAAUUCCAUGAAGGUUUGGAAAUGGACUAUAAAGACUUUGGCAGUGGAUAUCCUGGAGAUCCAUUGACCAAGAAAUUCAUACGAGAACAAAUUGAUAGAGUAUUUGGAUAUCCGUUGCUAGUAAGGUUUAGUUGGUCUACAGCUGAGCUAAUGUUGCAAGAAAAAGCAGCCAAAUGUAACUUUGAAGAAAUUGACAAUGUAACGAAUAAAGCUACAGGAACACAGUCAAUUAGCUCAUUUUUUUCACCCAAGAAUGAAAAGAAACGAAAAAGACAUAAAUUUUUUGAAGAGAGAUACUUGACUAUGAAUAAUGCAUUUGAAUAAUUGUUUUAAACUAGUAAAUAAAGUUUUUGUAAAUAUGA